CUGCAGAACAACGUAACAGACCCGCUGGUCAUGGUCGUGCUGGGCAACAAGCUGGACUUGCUGGACUCAGGCCCCCCGGAGUCUCGUCUGCAGAGAAAAAUUUCGCGUCAAGUCGCCACGGAAUUCGCCGCGCAGGUCGGCGCGGUGUUCUUCGAGGCCUCGGCGCUCACCAACGAUGGCGUGGACGCGGCGUUCGACCACAUCGCGCUGGUGCUGGCGAAGGCGGCACGGGAGGCGCAGAAACAUGGAAAAACUGCGCCUGUUAAAACAUCGAUAGUCGUGAGUGGGCAGCCGGCGCCCAGCAGGUCGUGUUGCUGACGCAGCAACUGCUGCUCUCUUAUCAACUACCGCGACAUGAACAAAACAAUAACUAUUCUAUAACAUAAACAACUGAAAAGCAAUAAAUAACAUGAUCACUGAUGCAGGUAACAAAAGUAGAGUUACUGCCCCAGUAACAAGUGAAGCGUUACGUGUUAUUACACCAUGGUCGUUAUUCGGUAGGGUUUGAAUGGUAGUUUUCUUAUUGGUUGAAUUUAUCAACGCAAAUAAGUAACAAACUAUGCAUUAGUAGUUUAAGAUUAAUAUAUAUAUAUAAUGAUCAUAAG